UCUAUCCUUGGUCAUGGUGAAGGAUGACGAGGAGUUGCGAGUCAGCGGGCGGUGUACGGAGUGACGUGUCUAGCGGCGCUUCAGAUUGGCAACAUUGGUUACCGUCACCCUGCUUUAGCACGUCUCUACUUUCUAGUAUUUCUAACCAUAAAGAAACAUGGCACUUAUUUCCUCAAGGGUGAUGUUUAAUCCCGUGUUAAAACAAACUCUCAAGCAAAUUAUCUUCGCAAAGCAACUGCUAAAAUGUCAAUGUCGUCAAAACAAUCAGCUAUUUCUUCCAACUGUUACCAGUCAGAGAUUCUAUGCUGAAAAGAAGGUAUUCAGCCGUGAUAAACCACAUUGCAAUAUAGGCACUAUAGGUCAUGUAGAUCAUGGCAAAACCACUCUAACAGCAGCUAUUACCAAAGUCUUGUCUGAGAAGCAAUUAGCAAAAGCUAAGGAAUACAGUGAGAUCGAUAAUGCUCCUGAAGAAAAGGCUCGUGGCAUUACCAUUAAUGUCGCACAUAUUGAAUAUCAAACACAAAAUCGUCAUUAUGGACAUACAGAUUGCCCAGGUCAUGCCGAUUACAUAAAAAAUAUGAUAACAGGAACUGCUCAAAUGGAUGGCGCUAUACUGGUCGUCGCUGCCACGGAUGGUACAAUGCCACAAACUAGAGAGCAUUUGCUUCUUGCUAAACAAAUUGGUAUCAAGCAUAUCGUUGUGUUUAUUAACAAGGUCGAUGCUGCUGAUUCAGAGAUGGUAGAAUUAGUAGAAAUGGAAGUACGAGAGUUGUUUUCUGAAAUGGGUUACGAUGGCGAUAAUAUUCCAAUAGUAAAAGGUAGUGCGCUUUGCGCACUUGAAGGAAAAAGUCCUGAAAUAGGCUCACAGACUGUUCUGCAAUUGUUAGAAACAGUAGAUAAACAUAUCCCGACCCCAUUGAGAGAACUGGAUAAACCCUUCUUACUUCCAGUAGAGAAUGUAUAUUCUAUUCCUGGUAGAGGUACCGUGGUUACUGGUAGACUAGAGCGUGGUAAACUGAAGAAAGGGACGGAUUGCGAGUUUAUUGGUUAUAAUAAAGUUUUCAAAAGCGUAGUCACAGGUAUAGAAAUGUUCCAUCAAAUAUUAGAGGAAGCCCAUGCCGGGGAUCAACUUGGUGCUCUAGUGAAAGGUUUAAAAAGAGACGAAAUAAAAAGAGGCAUGAUAAUGUGUAAACCUGGCUCUAUGAAGGCGUAUGAUCACAUAGAAGCACAAGUGUACCUAUUGAGUAAACAAGAAGGUGGUAGGAAAAAACCAAUUGCGAAUAUGAUACAAUUACAGAUGUUUUGUAGAACGUGGGAUGUUGCAGCACAAUGUUCGAUAGUGGGAAAGGAUUUAGCCAUGCCAGGAGAAGAUAGCACACUCGUACUAAAGUUGAUAAGACCAAUGGUAUUGGAGAAGGGACAACGUUUUACAUUACGAGAUGGAGCGGUAACUCUAGGAACUGGUGUAAUCACUAACACUCUGAAAUCACUUACGGACUCAGAGCGACAUGAUCUUCUCGAGGGCAAAAAGAUACUGAAAAAGGACAAGAAAGCGCAACGAAAUUAGACUCAAUAAAUAUUUGUUACAAAAUAAAGCAGAAUUGUGCUGUAUAAUAAAGAAAAUAUAAAUCAGCUUAGUUUGAAAGUUUGAUAAGAUGCACAAGAUAGAUGACCAUUAUAGAUAAUAUAAUAAUGGAUACAUAAUUUAUGUAUUUAAA